AUGGAGACCUUCAUCGAUCUUUAUUCAAUAUUCUGUUGGGAUGUCAAACAUUCACCGAAAGUAACAUGGUACUAUCAACACUCAUCAGGCUUAAUAGAAAAAGCGGUCAAUGUCAGUUUAUGUUCAUCUCAGAGUAUCAGCCUCAUUUUCCCUAAGCGCAUAAUUAUAAUGAGACGAGCACGAGAGAAAGGUUGUGAAGGUGUAAACGAUAAAAAUGAUUUUUUUCCUAUUGAAGACAUUGAUACUUUGAAUCUGAAUUUAGAAAUAUCUUUCAAAGUGAACUUCGGAAUUGAAAUCCAAUAUUAG